ACUACAAAAUCAAAACCCUAGCCGACUUGAGCACCUUCACUAUUGUUUGUUUUUCUCUCGUUUCAAGGUAUUUCAUGGUUCUGUUUUCACAGAUCUUCUGUGUGUAAUGAAUUUUGUUUAAUGGAUUUACUAGUUCCUGUCCAUUGAUUUUUUUUUUCUUUAUUUUUAUUCUGUGUUUUCUCCAAUCUGAAAAUGCAAGAUUUAUUUCAUUAUCUUAUCUUCACUCUACUUAGGCGUUUUACUUACUGGUUUUGCUGAUCUUCCCAAAAUAACUGUUGUUUUUUGACUUUGAGUUUGUCCAAAAUUAUUUUGGGACAGAGCAAGUAUUUGCUUGAAUGAAAGAUUGGAUAUUAUGCUUUUUUUUUUCCAAAGAAUAUAGCAGCUAAACAAAAUUCUCCAUGAGAAGGGCUGUAUGUGCUUUUUAUACUUGUAACGUGUGCAGGUCGGAUCUUUACAAAUUAUGCUUUAUUCUGUUAUACAUUACUUACAGGCUAAUGUUUUUGUGUUUAUCCAAAUAAUUGUUUAUGCAAAAUUUUUUGAUUUGACAAAAGAAAAAAAAAAAAAAAGAAUAUAACAAUGAAGCAAGAUAUUUUCUAUUUUGUGUUUCCCUAAACAUUAAGCAGAAUGAUGCUUUAAUAUAAUCAUGGUGCUUGUGUAUAAUCAAUAAUUGUAUAACAUAAGCUACAAGAAAAAAAAAAAAAUUUAUUCAGCUUUUGUGUUUGCAAUGAACUUUUACCAGAUGUGUUUGUGGUUUCAUACCAACAUGUUUGUGUUCUAUUUUCCCUACUGUAAGUACUUUGAGAAUUCAGAGGCUUGUCCCUAGUACACCAUUAUGUGAGAAAACUGAGAAGUGGGAAAGGAAGAUUGGAGCUACUGGAAAUUGUUGGGAUGGGCAGUAUGGAAAGAAAGAUCUCUACCCUAUGUUUGUUGGAUAUUCUUUCCGAUGCCACCCAUCCCCAUGAUUUCCAGUUGUUCUUCCCUUUCCCUUCUAGUUCUACACUUGUUCAGAUCUGGGUUGUUGCCUAUUCCCCCGCUUGUGAUGUAAGUCAUGUUCUUUUUCUUCUCAACCAUCAGUUUUCACUUUUUGAUAUUCUAAAUUUUUAUGUGUUGAUAUAUAUAUUUUUCUUGUGUAUCAUUCUCUUAGAUACAGAAAUAGUUGUUGCCUUUUCUGGGGAACUUGGUUCCAUUUGUGGGUUUUGGUGUUUGGCUUGAUUCCACUAUGAUAUGUAGGAAUUAGAAACCCAAAUAAAAUCCUCUAGGCUGGUAGUCGAUGGGGGAGUAGGCAAUAAAAAAUGACUCAAUCUGUCAUAUGAGGAUGGUUGGAUAUUUAGUCUUUUAGGAGUAUUCUUUCUGGUUCUCUCACAGUUUUGGAAUGUGGUUUGACUUUUAAAGACGUCCUGAAUCUAACAUGGGUUGAGGACCUUAAUGAUGCAUUUCUAUCUAUCACCAUGCCUAAUCCUAUUCUUGAGCAGGGUUGGAGUUACCUCAUUUAACU